AUGGCUCACUACAACAAAAGACACUCACAACACAUUCCCCUCUCUAGAAAUGUCACUAACUCACACAUUGCUCAUUCCCCUCUCCACAAAUGCCACUCACUCACACAUUGCCCAUUCCCCUCUCCACAAAUGCCACUCACUCACACAUUGCCCAUUCCCCUCUCCACAAAUGCCACUCACUCACACAUUGCCCAUUCCCCUCUCCACAAAUGCCACUCACUCACACAUUGCCCAUUCCCCCCUCCACAAAUGCCACUCACUCACACAUUGCCCAUUCCUCCCUCCACAAAUGCCACUCACUCACACAUUGCCCAUUCCUCCCUCCACAAAUGCCACUCACACAUUGCCCAUUCCUCCCUCCACAAAUGCCACUCACUCACACAUUGCCCAUUCCUCCCUCCACAAAUGCCACUCACUCACACAUUGCCCAUUCCUCCCUCCACAAAUGCCACUCACUCACACAUUGCCCAUUCCUCGCCACAAAUCAUUCGCUCACUGCCCCUUCCUCUCGCCACAAAUCAUUCGCUCACUGCCCCUUCCUCUCUCCACAAAUCAUUCGCUCACUGCCCCUUCCUCUCUCCACAAAUCAUUCGCUCACUGCCCCUUCCUCUCUCCACAAAUCAUUCGCUCACUGCCCCUUCCUCUCUCCACAAAUCAUUCGCUCACUGCCCCUUCCUCUCUCCACAAAUCAUUCGCUCACUGCCCCUUCCUCUCUCCACAAAUCAUUCGCUCACUGCCCCUUCCUCUCUCCACAAAUCAUUCGCUCACUGCCCCUUCCUCUCUCCACAAAUCAUUCGCUCACUGCCCCUUCCUCUCUCCACAAAUCAUUCGCUCACUGCCCCUUCCUCUCUCCACAAAUCAUAUUCACUCACUGCCCCUUCCUCUCUCCACAAAUCAUAUUCACUCACUGCCCAUUCCUCUCUCAACAAAUCAUAUUCACUCACUGCCCAUUCCUCUCUCAACAAAUCAUAUUCACUCACUGCCCAUUCCUCUCUCAACAAAUCAUAUUCACUCACUGCCCAUUCCUCUCUCAACAAAUCAUAUUCACUCACUGCCCAUUCCUCUCUCAACAAAUCAUAUUCACUCACUGCCCAUUCCUCUCUGCACAAAUCAUAG